UUCACUAUGAAGCAAGGUGGAUGGAGAAAACGAGCCAGUGACAGAGAUGGCUGGGCAGCAUGGGGAGGAUAUAUGUCUGCCAAAGUCCAGAAACUGGAGAAUCAGUUUCAUUCAGAGGCAGCUCUGCAACAUCACAAAGAUGAAAAAUCAUCCAGCAUUUUCAGUGGAGUUGCCAUCUUUGUCAAUGGCUUCACAGAUCCUUCUGCUGAUGAAUUGAGGCGGCUAAUGAUGUUGCAUGGAGGACAAUAUCAUGUAUACUAUUCUAGAUCCAAAACAACGCACAUUAUUGCUACAAAUCUUCCAAAUGCCAAAAUAAAGGAACUGAAGGGAGAAAAAGUAGUUCGACCAGAUUGGAUAAUAGAUAGCAUAAAGGCUGGACGACUCCUUUCAUAUAUUCCUUAUCAGCUUUACACAAAACAGACAAGUAUUCAGAAAGGCCUCUGGUUUAAUACUAUAUGCAAGCCUGAAGAUUCAGUUCCAGGUCCUAGCAAUAUCUCUGUGGGACUCAACAGGGUAAAUAGUCUUGUAAAGAAGCAUGAAGGAGAGAAUGAAAUGAAAACAAAUGGAGUGAGUAAAUCAAAGAAAGAAGCUGAAACUACAAGAUUCUUGGAGUUGGAGCAAACUCUUUCCAGAAGCAAACAGAAUGGAAUAUAUCAGAAAGACAAUUUUUCCAUUUUUAAUGGACAUAGUGAUAGUUCCAACAGUGCCUUAAAGAUGCAGGAUGGUUUGCUACACUUUGACAAAAGUGUUAUAAGCAGACUGUCUCCUGUGCAUGAAGAAUUGAAAGAAAGCACUGAUUUUAGAGACUGCUCUACGCAACAUUUGCAACAAAGCAACAGAAAUACUGAACUUUUAAGAAAUGUGCACAGGACUAUGAGUAAUUCAUCUUUUUCAUCUUUGCACAGUAAUAUUAAAAUAAAUGGUGCUCAUCACUAUAAUGUUCAGGGGCCUUCAAGCACAAAAAGCACUACUUCAGUACCUGCUCCUAGUAAGGAAGAUUAUUCACCUUUGUCCAAACCUUCAAAUGGCAAUUUCAUUUCAGAUUUUUACUCUCAUUCAAGAUUGCAUCAUAUAUCUACCUGGAAAUGUGAAUUUACAGAGUUUAUCAACACACUACAGAAACAAAAUAAUGCUAACUUCCCAGGAAGAGAAAAGUUGAAAAAACUGAAAGCAGGACAAUCUACAAUAAAUAAAGCUGACUUGGAUAGUACAUCCUUUUUGAAUUCAUCCAAACCUCAGUGUUGCAUAAUGCAUGUAGAUAUGGACUGUUUCUUUGUAUCAGUUGGUAUCCGAAAUAGACCAGACCUAAAAGGAAAACCAGUGGCUGUUACAAGUAACCGAGGAUCAGGAAAAGCAUUGUUACGUCCUGGUGCAAAUCCACAACUGGAAAGGCAAUAUUAUCAAAAUAAAUUGUUGAAAGGCAGAACAGAAAUUGAUGAUGAUGACUCAACAGAUGAUGAUAAUCAAGAUUCUGCCGAAUUGAGUAAAAGUGAUUUUGAUAUUUCUGUGUCAUCAAUGGCGGAAAUUGCAUCUUGCAGUUAUGAAGCCAGGCAAGCUGGUAUAAAGAAUGGAAUGUUUUUUGGACAAGCAAAACAGUUGUGCCCAAAUCUUGAAGCUGUUCCCUAUGACUUUCAUGCAUACAAAGAAGUUGCACGAACUAUGUACGAAACAUUGGCAAGCUAUACUCAUAACAUUGAAGCUGUCAGUUGUGAUGAAGCACUGGUAGAUACCACUGAAAUCCUUGCAGAGACUGGGUUGAUAUCAGAUGAACUAGCAAAUGUUAUUCGUGCAGAAAUAAAAAACAAGACCAAAUGUUCCGCUUCAAUUGGAAUAGGUUCAAAUAUUUUACUGGCCAGGCUGGCAACUCGCCGAGCAAAACCUGAUGGGCAGUAUCAUUUGAAGCCUGAAGAAGUAGAUGACUUUAUCAGGAGCCAACUAAUUAUACAUCUUCCAGGAGUUGGAAGAACAAUAGAAUCUAAGCUGUCAUCUAUGGGGAUAAAAACUUGUGGAGAUCUACAGUGUAUCACAAUGUCAAAGCUUCAGAAAGAGUUUGGACCAAAAACUGGACAAAUGCUAUAUAGAUUUUGCCGUGGUUUGGAUGACAGACCAAUUCAGAGAGAAAAAACAAGAAAGUCUGUUUCAGCUGAGAUCAAUUAUGGUAUAAGAUUUUCACAGGCAAAAGAAGCAGAAGCUUUCCUUCUGAACCUUUCAGAAGAGAUCCAGCGAAGGUUGGAGGCAGCUGGUAUGAAAGGAAGACGAUUAACUCUCAAAGUUAUGAUCAGGAAAGCUGGAGCCCCAGUAGAACCUGCAAAAUUUGGAGGGCAUGGAAUCUGUGAUAGUGUUGUCAGGACUGUGACUCUCAACCAUGCAACAGAUAACGGGAAAGUGAUUGGGAAAGAAAUAUUAAAUAUUUUUCACACAAUGAAACUGAAUAUUUCUGAUAUGAGAGGGGUUGGAAUUCAAGUACAUCAGCUCGUUCCAGUUAAUAAAACAACUGCAAUGUCUUCCUCUAAUACUUCAUUACCUUCUGGGUUCUUGCCUGGUGGAGCUGAUUCAAUUAUUGAUCUUUUGCAAGUUCCAAAAGGUGUGAAGAAGUCCAAGAACAAAGAAGAAUGCAAGGAAGUUUUUUUGGCUGCUGUGGAUGUUGAAAUAUCUUCUGCAUCAAAAGCAUGCACAGAGUUAUCAUCAUCAGAAGCAACUAAUCUCCAUCCCGUUAUCAGCAAAUCUGAGCCUAGUACCAGUUUGAAUGGCUUAUAUCCACCAAUCAGUAUAAAAUCUAGGCUUAAUUUAAGUAUUGAAGUGCCAUCAGCUUCCCAGCUUGAUAAGUCUGUAUUGGAAGCACUCCCUUCUGAUCUUCGAGAACAAAUAGAACAUGCAUAUUCUCUUCAACUAAUAGAUGCACAUGAUAAUAGCAAAAAGGAACCAAUAAAUGGAUACAAUAUUAACUUUCCAUCCCAGCCUGGUGGAACCGUUCUAUUACAGAUGCCAGAUCUCAAAGAAUCAAGCAAUAAUGCCGGGAUUAAUAUAAUAGCACUCCCAGCAUUUUCACAGGUGGAUCCUGAUGUUUUUGCUGCCCUUCCAUCAGAAUUGCAGGAGGAACUUAGACAAGCAUAUGACCAAAGGCAAAAUCACGUAGAGAACAUAUUUCAGCAAUCAAGUGCCACUGCAUCAAAGAAUCCAGUUACAAAAAGUAAGAAGAGAACUAGAAAGAAAAUCCAAGUCAGCCCAGUAAAAACAAACCAUAGUCCUUUCAAAAACAAGCGUUUGGGUAACCCUGCAAAAACUAUGGUUGUUUCUGUUGGAAGUCCUCAGAAAUUAAUAGAUAACUUCUUGAAACAGGAAAAAGCAAUCAGUGACAAUCCCCAGAUGGAAGAAGUACAAGCUGUUACAAAUCCUUCCAGUCCAUCUAUUCCACAGCAAUUAUCAUCUACCACAAUUUGGCCUCAAGCACCUAAUCUAGCAGGAGCUAUUGAGUUUAACGAUGUAAAGGCCUUGCUUAAGGAAUGGAUUACAACUAUAUCAGAUCCCAUGGAGGAAGACAUUUUGCAAGUUGUGAAGUAUUGUACUGAUCUGAUAGAAGAAAAGGAUUUAGAAAAGCUGGAUCUAGUCAUAAAGUACAUGAAAAGGCUAAUGCAGCAGUCUGUAGAAUCAGUAUGGAACAUGGCAUUUGAUUUCAUUCUUGACAAUGUUCAGGUUGUUCUGCAACAAACUUAUGGAAGCACAUUAAAAAUUAUCUGAACUGAUCUUGUAGAAAAAGAUAUGGUAAGAGCCUGGAGCUCUCUGAUAGCUGUACCAUAAGUGCUUGUGAGGUAUUUGCAAAGUGCAUGACAUUAAGCUGAGUUUUUAUAUGUUGAAUUUUUUUUAAAGGAGAAGGUGUUUUGUACAUUUUCUUUCAGCAAAGUGCCAAAAUUUGUCAGUAUUGCAUGUAAAUAAUUGUGUUUAAAUUCUUUUAUUGUAGAAUAGAAUCUAUUUACAAAAUGUUUGUUUAUAAAAGUUUUAUGGAUUUUUACAGUGAAGUGUUUACAAUUGUUUAAUAAAGAAUUGUAUGUAAUUUGUA